AUGACUGAUCUCGGUCGCCUACAUCAUUUCCUAGGAAUCAAAGCCGACUUCAACGCAGACGGUCUGUUCCUCAGUCAAUCGACCUAUGCUCGAGAUAUCAUCGCUCGUGCAAACAUUACAGACUGCAAACCUGUUUCUACACCGGUUGACGUCAAAUCCAAUCUAUCAGCUGAAGAUGGCGAAAGAAUUCCUAAUCCUACUGAAUAUUAUAGUCUUGUUGGGGCAUUGCAGUAUCUGACUUUCACGCGCCCGGACAUAUCGUACGCACUUUACAAAGGCAAGAUCGACACACUGACUGCAUAUGCAGACGCGGACUGGGCCGGUUGUCCCGAUACGCGAAGAUCAACAUCAGACUUCGGUGUUUUCUUUGGCUCAACGUUGGUCUCUUGGUCAUCAAAGCGACAGCCAACUGUUUCAAGAUCAAGUUCUGAAGCGGAGUACAAAGGGGUUGCCAACACUGUUGCAGAACUCAGCUGGAUAAGAAACUUGAUGCUGGAACUUCAUUUCAAGAUCACCAAAGCCUCAAUCGUUUACUGUGAUAACAUUGGCUCAGUGUACCUAUCUUCUAACCCUGUCAAACAUCAAAGGAACAAACAUGUGGAACUUGACAUACACUUUGUCAGGGAGAAGGUCGCUAUUGGUGAAGUAAAGGUGUUACACGUCCCGACCUCCCUGCAAUAUGCAGACAUAUUAACAAAGGGCCUCCCAACGACUCUCUUUGAAGAAUUUCGAAUCAGUCUCAAUGUCAUACCUUACGACGCUUCAACUGCGGGAGGGUGA